AUGAUCGGGAAUAGAAUUGCCAGUAGAGGUCUGUUGAGUGUAGCCAACCUCAGUCAGACAAGACAAUUUGUUCUCACAGCAGCAGUAACGGCAAUUGGCUCGUUAUUGUUUAGUGAGAAUAAUCGUUUAGCUCUGAAGAUGGAGGAAGGAGAGUUACAUAACAAAUUUAACGAAAGAAGGCUGAAUGUAGUAGACAAACCGUUGUUUACUCGUCCACAGCCAAAUUAUCCUGGUCAUAUACCAUUGUAUACAUAUGAGAAGCUUUUAAUGUUUGUAGGAUCUUCGAUUGGAUCGUUUUUCCAUCCAGAACGGAAUGAAUUCAUUGUAGCACUUGGAGAAUCCAGUGCCAUUCUGCCUAUAUUACGAGCUUUACAAAGAAAAAUGUUGGCAGAUCCAACUGGGAGACAGAUACUUAGAGAAAGACCUCGAAUGACAUCUACUUCAUUGGAUUUAGAGUAUUUAAGACAAUUACCAACCAAUUCUAUUGGUAACACAUAUGUAAGAUGGUUAGAUAGAGAAGGUGUAAGUCCCGACACUAGAGUACCUGUGAGAUAUAUUGAUGAUGAAGAAUUGGCAUAUAUCUAUCAACGAUACCGGGAAUGUCAUGACUUUUACCACGCUGUGACGGGAUUACCUAUAAUUAUCGAAGGAGAAAUCUCAGUAAAAGUAUUUGAAUUCAUGAAUAUCGGAAUGCCUAUGAGUGGAUUAGGAGCAUUAUUUGCUCCCUUACGAUUAAAAAAAUCGCAAAAGGAGAGGUUAUAUAAUAUAUACUAUCCAUGGGCCGUUAAGAGUGGUCUAAACUCUAAGCCUCUCAUCAAUGUGUACUGGGAAAAUAUCUUAGAACAAGAUAUUGAUGAGUUUAGAAAAGAGAUGGGUAUAGAAACACCCCCGGAUUUAAGAAAUUUACGAAAGGCAUACUUUGAAAAACUAAAGAAGGAAAAGAAAAUAGUCUAA